AUGGACUGCUUUGAGGAUCCAUCUCAAUCAUCACAGAGUCUGGAACUCAAGUGCUCAGAGUCUGUGCGGCUGGUUGGAGGCUCUGGUCUCUGCUCUGGAUCACUGCAGAUCUGGAACCAGUCCUGGACCUCGGUCUGUGAAGGGGCCUUGGACCUGAGGGGAGCAGAGGUGCUGUGCAGGGAGCUGGACUGCGGGGCUCCUUCUUUCCUCCAGGGGGCGCUCUCUCCUCUCGGGCAGACGUUCCACUGUGAGGGCCAUGAGUCUGCUCUGAUGGACUGUCCCCGCUCCAGACCCAAGACCUGCUCCUCUGGACCCAGUGUGAACAUCACCUGCUCAGAGCCUGUCAGGCUGGUGGGAGGGUCCGGUCGCUGUGAUGGGAUCCUGGAGCUCAGACACAGAGGAGACUGGAGACGUGUGAAGUCGGACUCCACCUGGACUCUGAGGCACACAGCUGUCGCCUGCAGAGACCUGGACUGUGGCUCUGCAGUGAAGCAGAAGAGAGGGGACUUUCCAGAGAGCCCGGUGUGGGAGGUCUUAUCGUACUGUCUGAGGAGCUCCUCGCUGAGAGAGUGUAUCUGGAAGGAAGACUCCACCUCCUCCAAAGGAGUGGAACUGGUGUGCUCAGACUUACUGAAUCGUCCAAUCCUGUCCCUCGUGGUGACGGUGGGGGUCUCCCAGGUGGAGGCCCAGGUGGAGGCCCAGGUGGAGGCCCAGGCGGAGGUCCAGGUGGAGAACCAGGUGGAGGUCCAGGUGGAGGCCCAGGUGGAGGUCCAGGUGGAGGUCCAGGCAGUGCGGGUGCAGUUGGGGUCUCAGUUCUUGGUCCAGUGCUCGGUGAAGCCUCAGUUCCCAGGAGGCUCCUUCCAGCUGCUCUCUCCCUCUGGGAACCACACCCUGCCUGCUGUCAAUCACUCUGCACACUUCCUGUUCAAUCACACUGGCCCCGCCCACAAAGGAAACUACACCUGUGUUUACCACCUACAGGUGUUCGGCCACAGCUUCACCUCCGAGAGCGAGAGACUGGAGCUGAGGCUGGGAGCUUUAGACUCAGACCUGAUCAUCAGGGUCCUGAUGAUUCUCCUGCUGAAGCUGCUGUACAUCCUCCCAUUGUACUGCAAGGUCAAAAGAGGCUCUCGACGGACGGACCGACUGUGA